AUGAGUACAUAAAAAAAGAAAAUGGACAAAGAGUGACAGGAUAAAUUCAUCUCCACAUUUAAGGCAUGGAGAAACAGCAAGCUCAACAAAAUAUAUUUAUUUGAAGUUUGCAAACCCAAGAUGACAAAAUCUUGAUCCAAUCAAUACAAACAUGGCCUAUACAGAGAAGGGUCUCUAAAACUCCUCCUGAAUGGAGGAGCCAGAGAAAGAAAUUCCUUGAGGGACAGAGGCCCAAGGACAAUCUCAGGGGCACUCAAAACUUGGCACAGUCUAUUGGCGAUUUUUAAAUUUUUCAUCGUUAAGAACAAAAACCUUUCUCUUCUUGCAAACCCAAAAAAAUCAGGCACAGGAUGGCAGUGCUUACUUAUGUUAAAGAACAAGGAAAAAGAACAUUCUUACAGUACUAACUUACAUUAAACCUAAAGAACACACGAGUUAUGCCACAAAAAUAUAACGAAAACAUUCAGCUAGUUACCAUCAAGAUACAAUGAACUCAGCAGUAGAAAACCGAAGUUAGGUAACAGGGCUAACAGCAAGGCCCUGGAGUCCCAACAGUGCGUCCCGAGGAAAAAGAUGGAGGGAGGAAGGAAAGGCCGCGCUAAUCCACCUCCUCGAUGGUGGGGCCCGACCCAGAGCCCCCUCUGGGAGCCUGAGCUCCAAAGCCCCCGGCCCCGGGGCCACCCGCACCCUGGUACAGUCCACUGAUGAUAGGGUUACACACCUGCUCCAGCUCCUUCCUCUUGUGCUCAAACUCGUCCUUCUCCGCCAGGGUGUUGGCGUCCAGCCAGGAAAGGACCUCCUGGCACUUGUCCAGCACCUUCUUCUUGUCCGCCUCGCUGAUCUUGCCCUUGAGUCCCUCAUCCUCCACGGCGCUCUUCAUGUUGAAGGCGUAGGACUCCAGGGCGUUCUUGGCAGACACCCUCUCGCGCUGCACCUCGUCUUCGGCUUUGUACUUCUCCGCCUCCUGCACCAUGCGCUCGAUCUCCUCCUUGCUCAGGCGGCCCUUGUCGUUGGUGAUGGUGAUCUUGUUGGCCUUGCCGGUGCUCUUGUCGGUGGCCGUGACGUUCAGGAUGCCGUUGGCGUCGAUGUCAAAGGUCACCUCGAUCUGGGGCACGCCCCUGGGGGCAGGGGGGAUGCCGCUCAGCUCGAAGCGCCCCAGCAGGUUGUUGUCACGCGUCAUGGCCCGCUCGCCCUCGUACACCUGGAUCAGCACCCCGGGCUGGUUGUCCGAGUACGUGGUGAAGAUCUGCGUCUGCUUGGUGGGGAUGGUGGAGUUGCGCUUGAUCAGGGCGGUCAUCACGCCCCCGGCCGUCUCCAGCCCCAGCGACAGGGGCGCCACGUCCAGCAGCAGCAGGUCCUGCACGUUCUCUGACUUGUCUCCCAUCAGGAUGGCGGCCUGCACCGCCGCCCCGUAGGCCACCGCCUCGUCGGGGUUGAUGCUCUUGUUGAGGUCGCGCCCAUUGAAGAAGUCCUGCAGCAGCUUCUGCACCUUGGGGAUGCGGGUGGAGCCGCCCACCAGCACCAGGUCGUGGAUCUGCGCCUUGUCCAGUUUGGCGUCACGCAGGGCCUUCUCCACCGGCUCCAGGGUGCCGCGGAACAGGUCGGAGCAGAGCUCCUCGAACCUCGCCCUGGUGAUGGACGUGUAGAAGUCGAUGCCCUCAAACAGGGAGUCGAUCUCCAGGCUGGCCUGCGUGCUGGACGACAGGGUCCUCUUGGCUCUCUCGCAGGCGGUGCGCAGCCGCCUCACCGCUCGCUUGUUCUGGCUGAUGUCCUUCUUGUGUUUCCUCUUGAACUCCUCCACGAAGUGGUUCACCAGCCGGUUGUCGAAGUCCUCCCCGCCCAGGUGCGUGUCGCCCGCCGUGGCCUUCACCUCGAAGAUGCCGUCGUCGAUCGUCAGGAUCGACACGUCGAAGGUGCCCCCGCCCAGGUCAAAGAUGAGCACGUUGCGCUCCCCCUUGCCGGUCCGGUCCAGGCCGUAGGCGAUGGCGGCCGCCGUGGGCUCGUUGAUGAUCCUCAGCACGUUGAGCCCGGCGAUCACGCCCGCGUCCUUGGUGGCCUGGCGCUGCGAGUCGUUGAAGUAGGCCGGCACGGUGAUCACCGCGUUGGUCACCGGGUAGCCCAGGUACGCUUCGGCGAUCUCCUUCAUCUUGGUCAGCACCAUGGACGAGAUCUCCUCCGGGUAGAACGCUUUGGUCUCCCCCUUGUAGCUCACCUGCACCUUGGGCUUGUCUCCGUCGUUGAUCACCUGGAAGGGCCAGUGCUUCAUGUCCGACUGCACCACCGGGUCGCCGAACUUGCGGCCGAUCAGCCGCUUCGCGUCGAACACCGUGUUCUGCGGGUUCAGCGCCACCUGGUUCUUGGCCGCAUCGCCGAUGAGCCGCUCGGUGUCGGUGAAGGCCACGUAGCUGGGGGUGGUGCGGUUGCCCUGGUCGUUGGCGAUGAUCUCCACCUUGCCGUGCUGGAACACCCCCACGCAGGAGUAGGUGGUGCCCAGGUCGAUGCCGAUCGCCGUGGCUUUGGCCAUGUCGGUGCCUUGGCUCUCUGGGAUCCGCGCUGAGGUUCUGGCUGCGGUGAGGGGACGCGACACGCGAGGAAAAGCUCGGUCCUGAAUGAGAGUCGGAAGCCCACCGCUCGGGUGCGUGCUCCGGGAUCACAGAAGGUUCGCUAUGCCAGCCGCUGCUGGGGCUCGUCGUUCCUCACCCGGCCUCCGCUCGGGCUUUAUAGAUCGCCGAGGAGCCCCGCCCGCUUCCUCCUGGGCCAAUCGCCGAGCCGGGCCUCGGAAGACCAUGGCCGCUGCUAAGGGAACAGCCAUAGGCAUUGAUUUGGGUACCACCUACUCCUGCGUAGGGGUUUUCCAGCAUGGCAAGGUGGAAAUCAUUGCCAAUGACCAGGGCAACCGUACCACCCCCAGCUAUGUGGCCUUCACCGAUACAGAACGGCUUAUUGGAGAUGCAGCCAAGAAUCAGGUAGCCAUGAAUCCUCAGAACACUGUCUUUGAUGCCAAACGUCUGAUUGGCAGGAAAUUUAAUGAUCCUGUUGUGCAGUCAGAUAUGAAACUUUGGCCUUUUCAAGUGAUCAAUGAAGGAGGCAAGCCCAAGGUGCUGGUGUCCUAUAAAGGAGAGAAAAAAGCUUUCUACCCAGAGGAAAUUUCUUCAAUGGUAUUGACUAAGAUGAAGGAAACUGCAGAGGCUUUUUUGGGCUAUGUGAUCACCAAUGCUGUGAUCACUGUGCCUGCCUAUUUCAAUGACUCUCAACGCCAGGCCACCAAGGAUGCAGGUGUGAUUGCAGGACUCAAUGUGCUUAGAAUCAUCAAUGAACCCACAGCUGCUGCCAUUGCCUAUGGCUUAGAUAAAGCAGGACAGGGAGAGCGACAUGUACUCAUCUUUGAUCUGGGUGGAGGCACAUUUGAUGUGUCCAUCCUGACCAUAGAUGAUGGGAUUUUUGAAGUAAAGGCUACAGCCGGGGACACCCAUCUAGGUGGAGAAGACUUUGACAACAGGCUUGUGAGCCACUUUGUGGAGGAGUUCAAAAGGAAACACAAGAAAGACAUCAGCCAGAACAAGCGAGCUGUGAGGCGUUUGCGUACCGCCUGUGAGAGGGCCAAAAGGACCCUAUCGUCCAGCACCCAAGCCAAUCUGGAAAUUGAUUCACUCUAUGAAGGCAUUGACUUCUACACAUCCAUCACCAGAGCCCGGUUUGAAGAGCUGUGUGCAGACCUGUUUAGGGGUACCCUGGAACCUGUGGAAAAAGCUCUUAGGGAUGCCAAGAUGGAUAAGGCUAAAAUACAUGACAUUGUUUUAGUAGGGGGCUCCACUCGCAUCCCUAAGGUGCAGAAACUGCUUCAGGACUAUUUUAAUGGACGUGAUCUCAACAAGAGCAUCAAUCCUGAUGAGGCAGUAGCCUACGGGGCUGCAGUACAGGCAGCCAUUUUGAUGGGUGACAAGUCUGAAAAAGUACAGGAUUUGCUUUUGUUGGAUGUGGCCCCCCUGUCCCUAGGUUUGGAAACAGCUGGGGGUGUGAUGACUGUGCUGAUUAAGCGUAAUUCCACCAUCCCCACCAAGCAGACACAGAUCUUCACCACAUAUUCAGAUAAUCAACCUGGGGUGCUGAUCCAGGUAUAUGAGGGUGAACGGGCCAUGACACGUGACAACAACCUGCUGGGGCGCUUUGACCUCACUGGAAUACCUCCUGCACCCAGGGGAGUUCCUCAGAUUGAGGUGACCUUUGAUAUUGAUGCCAAUGGAAUUCUUAAUGUCACAGCCAUGGACAAGAGCACAGGCAAGGCCAAUAAGAUCACCAUCACCAAUGACAAGGGCCGCCUGAGCAAGGAGGAGAUCGAGCGCAUGGUUUUGGAUGCAGAGAAAUAUAAAGCUGAAGAUGAGAUGCAGAGGGAGAAAAUCGCUGCAAAAAAUGCCCUAGAAUCCUAUGCUUUUAACAUGAAGAGUGCUGUAAGUGAUGAAGGUUUGAAGGACAAGAUUAGUGAGUCUGAUAAAAAGAAAAUUUUGAGUAAAUGCAAUGAAGUCCUUUCCUGGUUGGAGGCCAAUCAACUGGCUGAGAAAGAUGAGUAUGAUCAUAAGAGAAGGGAAUUGGAGCAGGUGUGUAACCCCAUCAUCACAAAGCUCUACCAGGGAGGAUGCACUGGGCCUACCUGUGGAACAGGAUAUACACCUGGAAGGCCUGCCACAGGCCCUACCAUUGAAGAAGUAGAUUAAUGUUUUCUGGAACUGGAGGGUUCUAGGGUGCCUAUAGGUGAAUUUUAUUCUCUUCCUUUUCAAACACCAAUUAUGAUUCUUGACUGGAACUGAAUCUAAGUUAACAUCUCUUUGGGAUUCUAAUGGAGGAGUUUCAUUCAUCAUCUUUUCAUACUCAGUCUUUGUGACUCUGAAAUGGACUAUUAGGAAAACUUGGCCCCUCUUUGAACCAUUUGAUGAAUGUGAAUGUCUGUUAUUUAUUUCCAGCCACCCCAGCUUUCUCCUUCCUGUGUGGAUGAUUAUCAGUAAAUUUGUUCCUAAAGGAAAUUACCUUUGGUAUCUUUAGGCUAUGAGUGUAUCUUGAAAAGUAAAGAACAGGAGAGUUCAUAGAGAACAUAAGUUCUCUGAAUGUGAGCUCCUUGUGAACAAUUAAACUGGUAAGGGCAAAGUAUUUGGAUUUUUAUGAGCUCAUUGUUUCAAACAAAAAAUAUUUUUCAAUCCUCAGGCACCUUUAGCCUCGAUGGAGCAGUUGCUUACUAUGGUUACUUCUCAUAAUCAGUUAUAGGCAGGUUUAGGAUUCAGCUGGGGGCUGGGGGUGGGGCAAGCCCUGUUUGAUAUCCCCAUAUCAUUACACUGGGGUCCAGGAGAUCCAGUAUUUGUGUAUUCAUAGAAUUCAUUAUGU